UGCCAGGGGGACAACCACCCUCGGCACAACUGACCGGGGUGCGAGGUAUGUGAAUUAGGUCCAUGUUGAGAGUGGUGUCGUUGAUUGUGGUGUGUAUGUAGAGAUGAGUAUGUUUGGGAUAUGGGAGAGUGUUUUGCGAGGCGAGGAUGCCAAUUUCGGAAGUUGUUCAAUUGACACUGUUAGAUAAAUUUUCGCUAAAUAUUGUGCAUCGUAUAUGUAAUAGUAAAUGACGGACACGUAAAAUUCCGAUUGCAAGAGAUGAGAAGGUAAGAAAAGAUCCAGACUGAAGCGACAUGUAGGAAUCUAAAUACUUGGGCAUUGGAGAAUGGGACGAAGGAGGCGGAGUCAUAGAUGCCAGUUAAAUGCUGCAUGAGGGCCCCCGCAGCACACAGCUAUAGUGAGCUCACGGAUGUUUUUCGUUCACUUCGUAUUCACGAGAACAUGUUCCACCCAACCAAUCAGGAUUUAUGGCAGAUCGAUGGUAGGAAGCUAGGAACUAUCGGUGCGUGUAGGAUGCUGCCGGCUGCGGCUCUAACGUACAUAGCAAGCUCUUUGAUUACACUCAACACAGCCUCACUGCUCGCCCAGUUCAUUGAAGCUGACACUUGCAUGGUGAAACAGCUGCAAAUAACAAACCCUGUCCAGAUGAACUUCGCUGUUGGGUCGAGCAGACCGAAUUGGAAGACCAUAGCCACUCCGUCCUCUUCAAGUUACGACAGCAAUGACGUGGAAAUAGUAGAGGGAGAGUCGGGGGUAUGGGUUGUUUCUAGGAAGGGUGUUUCACUGUCAGCGGAAAGAAAAGUGUGGGAUAAUCGGAAUAGAGAGCUCCACAAUAGACACAGCACAUUAGAAACAUGAAUAGAUGGCAUUGACGAAUCAUAUAUUUCUACCUAUUCUUCUAUG